AUGGAUAUGUUUCCAAGUAACAGCUCUUCGUCUUCUUCUAUGUCAUUGCAGAAUUCAGAAGGCUAUCAAUGGAUCCCUAUUUCAGACGAGGAGGUUCGGUUAGCUGCGACCACCCCGAAGAAGCGUGCAGGGAGGAAGAAGUUCAAGGAGACUCGCCAUCCGGUGUAUAGGGGUGUGAGGAGAAGAAACAAUAAUAAAUGGGUGUGUGAAAUGAGGGAGCCUAACAAGAAGACUAAAAUUUGGUUAGGCACUUUUCCAACGGUCGAGAUGGCUGCCCGAGCGCACGAUGUUGCUGCACUGGCAUUAAGGGGCCGAUACGCCUGUCUCAAUUUUGCAGACUCAACUUGGCGGCUCCCAAAACCAGCUACUACUCAAGCAAAAGAUAUACAAAAGGCAGCUAUAGAAGCCGCCGAGGCUUUCAGACUAGAUCAAACUUUGCCGACUAAUAAUGUUGACGAGACUUUAAUGGUUAAUGACGUCAUUGACACGGUGGUAGCUGCGGCCACUCCAGAAGAGCAAAAUUUGUUUUCUAUGGAAGCGGAAGAAGAGAGAGUAGAACAGAAUUUGUUUUCAAUGGAAGUGGAAGAAGAGAGAGAAAUGAUGAACACGCCAGAGAUGUGGAGGAAUAUGGCAAUAAUGUCUCCAACACAUGAUUUCGGGUAUCAAGGUGAAUAUCAAUAUAUUGAUGUACAAGACUAUCAAGAUCAAGAGGUGUCACUAUGGAGCUUUUAG